AUGGAGGAGGGUCACUGUGAGGGUGAGGUUGAGGGUGAGGGUGAGGCUGAAGUUGGAACAGAAAUGGAGGGUAAGGGUGAGGGUGAGGCUGAGGCUGAGGUUCAGGCUCAAGUUGGAACAAAAAUGGAGGAGGGUGAGAGUGAUGUUGGUAAACAGAUUGAACAUGUUAAGGAUGGUGAACUAGAAGAUGUGGAAGAGAAUGAGAUUGAGGAUGAUCAUGAGGUUGAGGAUGAGGCUGGAGAGGAUGGUCAGCAUGAAGAGGUUGGAGAUGAUGGUGAGGAUGAAGAUGUAGAUGAGUCUAAAGGAAAUGUGAGGGAAGAACAACCUUGCAGUCCAGUAGGUGAGUCAUCAAGGAAAAUUGAUAAUGAUUCCAUGCAUGAUGUUCGUGGCUUGUUUGACAUUGAGUGGGUGUCAGAUGAGUUGGAUAGUGGUUCAGAUAGUGAGGAGGAGGAUGAUUCCAUUAAGAGAACUUUGUUUCCCACAUUUAGCAUGCCUAAAAGUUUGACGGAUUAUAAAUGGGAAGUAGGAACGGCUGGUGCCAAGUCAUGGCAGCUAAGAAAAGUGAUUGAUGAUCACAGCUAUAGUACAUUUUGUAAUGUGAAGUUGAUGACUUCUAAGUGGUUAAGUCAAAGGAUGAAAAAAUCUGUCAGAAAGAACCCUAAUAUGAAGGUCAUGGACAUUAGGGACAAAUUAAGUAGGAAAUGGAAUGUAGGAAUCUCUAGAAAUAUGGCUUUUAGGGCAAGAGCCAUGGCAAAAGAUAAUAUUGAGGGGUCAUUCAAGGAACAAUAUAGAAGAAUCUAUGAUUAUGGUCAUGAACUUCUUAGAGCAAAUCCAGGUUCAACAGUCAAAAUAAAGGUUGAAAAUAGUAAUGAGGAGUGUAUAUUCAAUAGAAUUUAUGUAUGCUUGAAAGCAUGCAAAGAUAGCUUCAUUAGUUGUAGACCCAUCAUUGGAUUGGAUGGAUGCUUUUUGAAAGGCAAGUAUGGAGGGGAGUUACUAACAGCAGUUGGAAGAGAUGGAAAUGAACAAAUUCUGCCCAUUGCAUAUGCUGUUGUUGAGGUAGAAAACAAAGACUCAUGGACUUGGUUCUUGGAGCUUUUCAUUGCAAACCUUGGUGGGGAAGCUGUUUGUGGAGCAUGUACAUUUAUUUCAGACCAACAAAAGGGACUUUUGCCAGCAAUUCAAGAUCUUUUACCUGGGGUAGACCAAAGAUUUUGUGUUAGACAUUUGUAUUCCAACUUCAGAAAGAAAUUCCCUGGAAAAGACCUUAAACGUCUGAUGUGGAGGGCAACAACAACCACAUAUCCACAACUAUGA